AUGGCGAAUAGCCAGUACGAAUAUGUCAGAUCAUUCGAAACAUGGGAUGCAAUAUCUCCAUCAAAUUGGAUCGUCGUGCGUAUCGACGGCCGCGGUUUCAGCAAACUCUGCCAAAAGCACAACUUCCAGAAACCCAACGACAAACGAGCCCUUGAACUGAUGAACGCUGCGGCCACCGAAGUCGUCCGGAGCUUUGUUGAUGUGGUGCUUGCGUAUGGAGACAGCGACGAGUACUCUUUCGUGUUCCACGAAAGCUGCACACUCUUCGAGCGGCGGGCGGCAAAGCUGGCCACGAGUGUGGCGACGCAGUUCACAGCAGAGUACUGUAUGCUCUGGCCGUGCUUUUUUCCCGGCACGGAGCUUGAGCGGCCAUGGCCCACUUUCGAUGGCAGAUGUGUUGCUUAUCCCAAGCGGAAAAUCUUGAGAGAUUAUCUUUCCUGGAGACAGGCGGAUUGUCAUAUCAACAACCUCUACAACACCACCUUCUGGAACCUGGUACUGAAAGGUGGCAUGAGCACCACAGAAGCAGAAGAUCUCUUGAAGGGCACCCUAUCCAGCGACAAGAAUGAAAUACUAUUCCAAAGGUUCGGCAUCAAUUAUAACAAUGAGGAGGCGAUGUUCAGAAAAGGGACGGUGAUGUACCGGGCCUACGAUGAUAACCUGGAGGAAAACCCGAGCAAUGGCAUGCAGAUUCCCGAUCCAAAUAGUAAAAGUCAGAUGGAAAAGGCCAAAAAGAGGAAACAAAAGGCGACAAUUGCGGUCGAGCAUGUCGAUAUUAUUGGAGAUGGCUUCUGGGAGAAGAGACCGUAUAUCCUUGCCCCUGCGAGGAGAGGGCAGGACUCUGGGGAGUAG